AUGAAAGACCAAAGAGUCACCUGCUCAAGACUGAACCUGGCCAAAGACCCUAAGAGGCAUCAAAGAAAACCUAAGGGUGGAAAGAGCUCCAUUUCAGAGACUGAACAGGAAAUAACCCAUGAGGAAUUAAACCUUCAAAAUGCUACUCUGAUCCUCCAGAGGGAAGACAAGCUGUGCUCCCACACAUUCUUACUGCUACCUCCAGACAGGCACCAGCUCACUGCGGAGAUCCUGGGAGUCAUUUGCAUUGUGCUACUGGCCUCUGUGUUAAAAAUGGUAGCUUUUAGUCUCUUUAUAGUAAUGGAGAAGCAGAACAAUUCUCUCCCGAAUGUCACAACUCAGAAAGGAUAUCCUUGUGGUCAUUGUCCAGAGGACUGGUUCACAUAUUCCAACAAUUGUUAUUACAUUGGUAAGGAAUUAAAAACUUGGAAUGAGAGUUUGGUGGCCUGUGCUUCUAAGAACUCCACUCUGCUUUACAUAGAUAGUGAAGAAGAAAGGAAAUUUCUGGGCUCCCUGUCAUUUUGGUCAUGGAUUGGAGUCUUUCGUCAGAGCAGUGGUCAUCCAUGGGUGUCAACAAAUGGCUCAACUUUCAAACUUAACAUAGUAGAAACAGAACUUGGUGAACGUAAUUGUGCUUUCCUACUCAAUAGUCUUCAAUCAGAUGUAUGUGGAUCUUCAAAAAGUUACAUCUGUAAGCAAAAGUUUUAGAAGUAAA